AUGUCCAGCCAACCGCUCCUCCAAUCUGCUCCAGGCAAGCGCAUCGCCCUCCCUACCCGAGUCGAGCCCAAAGUCUUCUUUGCCAACGAGCGUACCUUCCUCUCAUGGCUCAAUUUUACCAUCAUUCUCGGCGGCCUCGCCCUCGGCCUGCUCAACUUCGGUGACCGCGUCGGCCAGAUCAGCGCUGCGUGCUUCACCUUCGUCGCUAUGGCCGCCAUGAUCUAUGCUUUAGCAACGUUCCACUGGCGAGCGACGAGCAUACGAAAACGUGGACAGAGCGGGUUUGACGAUCGGUUCGGACCCACGGUGUUGACGCUGGCAUUGCUGGCGGCGGUGAUUGUCAAUUUCACACUGAGGAUGAAAGAUGGAUCGCCGUAG